AGAUCCACCCGAGGCAGCCAGCCGGCUAGGUUAGUACUGUCAGCGAAGGAAGAUGCAACGGGGGUUUUAAUUUAUGAAAAUAGACAUAAGAAGAACGUUCUCACCAACAAUCUGCGAUUGGCCUUCCUACCAUGGACACAGAGAUGAUGCCCAAGUUCUCCUCAAAAGACGAAGAAAUUGAGUACUGGAAAAAUCUGUCCUUAAAGUACAAGCAAAGUUGCCAUGACGCCCAGGAGGAGCUGCAGGAGUUCCAGGAGGGCAGCCGGGAGCUGGAGGCCGAGCUGGAGGCCCAGCUGGGGCAGGCCGAGCACCGCAUCCGCGACCUGCAGGCCGAGAACCAGAGGCUCAAGAACGAGGUGGAGUCCCUGAAGGAGAAACUGGAGCAGCAGUAUGCCCAGAGCUACAAGCAGAUCUCCAUGCUGGAGGACGACCUGGUGCAGACGCGCGGCAUCAAGGAGCAGCUGCACAAAUACGUCAGGGAGCUGGAGCAGGCCAACGACGACCUGGAGAGGGCCAAGAGGGCCACCAUCGUGUCCCUGGAGGACUUUGAGCAGCGGCUGAACCAGGCCAUCGAGAGGAACGCCUUCCUGGAGAGCGAGCUGGACGAGAAGGAGUCGCUGCUGGUGUCCGUGCAGAGGCUGAAGGACGAGGCCAGAGACCUGAGGCAGGAGCUGGCGGUUCGGGAGAGGACGACGGACACCACGCGCAUGUCCGCGCCCAGCUCGCCCACGCUGGACAUCGAUAAGAUGGACACGGCGGUGCAGGCUUCCCUGUCCCUACCAGCCACGCCAGUGGGGAAGAACAUCGAGCACCCCUUCAUCACGCAGAAAGUGUUGACCAAUGGGAACUUGACCAAUGGGAACUCAGCUUUGACCCCUUCGGCCAGAAUCUCAGCUCUCAACAUCGUUGGAGACCUCUUACGAAAAGUCGGGGCAUUGGAGUCCAAACUAGCCGCCUGUCGGAACUUCGCCAAGGACCAGACGGCGAGGAAAAACUACACAGGAAAUGGGAAUCUGAUCAAUAGCAACGCUACCAAGUUCUCGCAUUCACUGCACACGACGUACUUCGACAAAACGACCAUGAACGGUUUGGACCCCAGCUCCCUGACAACCAUGGCCCCCCCACGAACGGUGUCUCCGCCCGGCAUGCUGCCCCUCAGUGUGUGAGAGACCCACCGUGCCCCCCCAACCCCUUCCCUAGCAGAUGGACAGAGCAUGGAGAGGACUCAUGAAAGAGUGCAAAAUUGGUGUUGUGGAUAAAGACAUGAGAGAGAGAGAGAGAGAAAUGGUCGAGAGAGCUUGUGUGUGCUUAAAAUGAAACUGAUCAUGGCCAGUAAGUGUGUGUGUGUGUGUGUGUGUGUGUGUGAAGAAGAAAGCAAGAAUGCAGCAAGGACUGUGCAGCGCUGCGGUGUGAAAUAUGUGUGGGACUGUGUGUGUGUGUUUGCUGGAAGGAGAUGGCGUUCUCCAUGUUUGCCUGGCAGGUUCAUGUCAGGUGUAACAUGUGAACGUGCAAGUGAAUGUUUGGCUGGCUUCGCCACAGCUCCACAAUCGAGUGGACUUUCAGCAGCUACCGGCUCCUCUCCCACAAACCAGCUCCACGUGACAAAGGUCUUCGGCUCGGACCGCAAGAGCUGCAUUUUAUUUUAUUCUUUUUUUUUUUUUUUUGGCAUUCGAAUGUGUUGCACAGAUAAAAGAAAUGUAUUUAAAAAUUGUCAGAAAAAGGGAUUUUUUUUUCUUUUUUGAAGUUCAUUAUACUGUAUGCUUUUCAAUGCAAAGAGUAUGCGUGUGUGCGAGUGUGUAUGCGUGCCUGUGUGUGUGUGUGUGUGUGUGUGUGGUAUGUGGUAUGUGAUGGACCCUCCUCACAGCCACACAAGUGACUGAAAUGACACAGGACAGCUGUUAGCACAGCCAGGUUGUCUGGGAGCAGCAGUUGUCCAAAGAGAGCAAGCAAGAGUUUUUGGAGCAGAUGGUCUAGCUGAAGUAUGGCCGAAAAGACCUCCUGACGUUUAACAGCCCGGAAUAAUCACCUGCGCCAAAUAGCACCCUGUUACCGUUACUAUUCACGGGGUGGACAACCCUCGGUCAGCAUUACCGGUUUAUGGUCAUCACCGCCUUGUACACCACCAUCAUCUGAACAGGAGUGAGUUUCGUUCUGAGAGUAAUCCAGGGCGUUGCAUGUGGUGAGGUUUGCAAUCAUCUUGUGACCCGUCAAGUACUGUUAUCAGCGAGGACACUUUUGGCUGGCUUUUCCACUCUGCUUAUUUUUUUUAUUAUUAUUUAUUUAUUUUAUUUUUUGUUUUGUUUUUUAGGUUUUUUUUUUUUUUUUUUAGGUCAAACUGAAUCAUAGAGCUGGUCCUGUUUAGAAAAAGAAUAACUUUGAAUUUUGCCGAGUGAAUGUCUUUCUGACGUGAAAGAGUCUCAUCCCUCUGUUCCACGUGCCUCUGUUUGAACACGUUUAUUUCCUCGAGCAGUUCACUCUGUUCUUCACGUUUUUUUUCCCCCCUUUGGAUUUCCACCAUGGUGCUGUCUCUCCUGGUUUCCACGUUUGUCGCACCCUUACCCAUCAGCCUUUUGGAGUGAAAGGAGCACUUAAGUCAGGGUGGGCUUUUUUAUUUAUUGUUUUCCGCUCCCUUUAUUUACCCUGUUCUUGUAAAUUCACCCGUUAAGUUAUUGAGCACUAUUGUGGCCUGUGGCUAUGGCCUGUGUAUAUAGGUUUGUAAGCGUUGUCAGGUUUGUAAAUACGCACUCUGGAUUCUGGACAUCUGCGUUUAAUUUAUUUCAGAUUCUCUAUGGCAUGUUAUGAAGAUGAGUGAUCUUUUAUGAAUUGUAAUUUGGUUAAAAAUCAUAUCUAUCAUGAUGUAGAAGCGGUUGUCUAAUAUGUUCGAUUAAAAGUGAAAAAUAUUUAAAACGUCA